UAUUGAUUGGACCCAAAGAGUAUUCAUCACCCCAACAAAAAAAUCCGAAGAGUAUUCUGAGAAAUUAACUUAGAUGGCAAGCGAAAAAUUCAAUUUUGGUUUCCUAAUUUUCUUCCUAUGUUAUGGAAUUCUAAUUUCAACACAGUGCCUUGGUAAUAUAUGUGUACCAAAAGAACAUGUUGCGUUAUUUGUAUUUGGAGAUUCUUUCUUUGAUGUUGGAAACAAUAAUUAUAUCAAUACUACUACUGAUUUGCUGGCUAAUUACCCACCAUAUGGUGAAACCUUCUUCAAGUAUCCAUCUGGUAGAUUUUCUGAUGGACGUGUCAUUCCAGAUUUCAUAGCUGAGUAUGCUAAGUUACCGUUAAUUCAACCAUAUCUAUUUCCUGGUUCUCAACUAUAUAUUAAUGGAGUUAAUUUUGCAUCAGCAGGAGCUGGUGCUUUAGUAGAAACACAUCAAGGACUGGUGACAGAUCUAAAGACACAAUUGACUUAUUUGAAGAAUGUCAAGAAAGUAUUGAGACAGAGACUAGGAGAUGAAGAAACCACAACUCUGCUGGCCAAAGCUGUUUACUUGAUUAAUAUAGGAGGGAAUGAUUAUUUUGUAGAAAAUUCCAGCUUAUACACUCAUGAAAAAUACGUAUCCAUGGUAGUUGGUAAUCUUACAACAGUGAUCAAAAGAAUACAUGAGAUUGGAGGGAGGAAAUUUGGGAUUCUUAACCAACCAUCUUUUGGUUGUUUUCCAAUCAUCAAGGCAUUGGUAAAUGGAACUAAAUCAGGUUCUUGCAUUGAAGAGUAUUCGGCACUUGCCAAAGUGCACAACACAAAACUAUCAGUGGAACUUCAUAAUUUAACGAAACAGAUCAAAGGAUUUAAAUAUUCAUAUUUUGAUUUAUAUCAUCUAUCUUUUGAAGUCAUAAGCAACCCUUCCAAAUUUGGUUUGAAAGAAGGAGGAGUAGCAUGCUGUGGUAGUGGCCCUUACAAUGGAUAUCACAGCUGUGGAGGUAAAAGAGAAGUAAAAGAUUAUGAUUUGUGUGAUAAUCCUUCUGAAUAUUUGUUAUUUGACUCUACUCAUCCUACUGAAGCUGGGAGUAGGAUUAUAUCCCAAUAUAUGUGGAGUGGAAAUCAAACUAUCACCGGCCCUUACAAUCUCAAAACUCUAUUUGAAGAAUAAUUCAACUAUGUAUAGAUACACACAUACAAAUAAAGUUGUUUGUAUAUAAGACAAAAUAAAUGCAUUGUUGUUUUCUUGAUGUGUAAAAAUAAGAAUACAAGGGUUGAAACAUUGUGAGUAUAAAAUGAUAGUGUGAUAGGUAAGGAUUGAAGUUCGAACUUCAAAUUCACCACUUAUUUAUUUGAGUGAAUUUUUAGCCAUUAAAAAAAAAAUAAGAAUGUAAUACGAUGUUUCAUUUUCUUGUUUGUUGACCAA